GAUUGGGAUUUUUUUUAUUUAUUUGAAUUUUUUUUGAAUUUUUUUUGAAUUUUUUGAGAGAUUUCUGUUUCAAUUUGUGGGAUUCUUUAUAUUGAUUGGAAUAAUAUAUAUAUAUAUAUAUAUAUACGUUGGAUUCGUUUGUUUUGUUAUAUACUCGGCUCGACUCGACUCGCAGGAUAAGAUUGGGAAGAAGAGAAAAAGGAAAUCAGGAAGGAAUCGCAUAGAUCGAGUCGCGAUCGGAUACGUCUGAGAUAUAUAUAUAUAUAUAUAUAUAUACAGAUAUACAGGUGCAAAUUAAAUAUGCAUUCUAUUAGGAACGCCUCGAACUAUGUCGCCUCAAAGACCAAGGCUGGGGGGAAAGAGAGCAGUAAGGAGAUUAACAAGAGUAUAGCGAAAGAUCGCAAUAUGCCGAUUAGUACUCGGGUGCAUGCCGCUGUGAAGGCGGUGGGUGAUAAGAUUGAGAAACAAGGUCAUGAUGCAAAAGCAACGUAUCACAAGGAAGUCGUUAAGCAUUGAUGGUUUAGAUUGAGAGUUUAUGGGGUUGAGGGAAGCUUCAAUGAAUGAUACGGUUGGUAGAUAGGAGAGAUAGUGUUUUGUUGAGUUGAAGAUAUGAGUUGAGUCUCUGGCUAGAAGGGAAUGAGGGUGGGUGGUCAGAAUGAACGAUGCGGAUUGUGGCUCUAUACCUGGAGUGGAUAUCAUGGGGAUUGGAAUUUCAUUUUUAAAUCGAGGAUUGCGGAUGCGAGCGUCUUUUCAAAUUGUUCAAAUUGCUUGUCGGUUUUUGUUUGUUGGUUUUUGUCUGUUGAUUUUUGUCUGUUGAUUCAACUCUUGUCCGUCAACCAGUCAAUUCAAUUUAAUAUUGUGUUUUGAAGAAAGCUGGGGAUAGAAGAAUUCGACAAGUUAACUAAUACUGAUUUUUUUUA